AUGUUGAACAAUACCAUUCAGGUACUAACUUCUAUGUCACUUUUGGGUGGAAAAAAGCCGCCUGACUCUCGUUCCCGUCGUGUAGCUGCUCUUAGUGCUAGCCCUAAUUCCUUGGCUGCUGAUCCAGACAACCAACUUUGCAUAGGCUCAAUAGGCUCUGAUGGUCGGCAUGUGAGUCAUUCUAGUAUGCAUAUUAGCGGAGGAGGUAGUGGCAAUAUCGCUGUUGGUUCUGGAUCUGUAAGUGGAUCAGGAAGCGAAUUAUCACACGCAACUAGUGGAAACGGGACUGGUGGACGCCGCUCAGGUCGAAAGCAGAGGAGCUAG